CGCGUGCGUUGACAAUGGGUUGCGGCCCAGCCACCUACCGCAGCUCACGGUGAUGGAGGAGCGGCUGGUGGCAGUGUGGCGGCCGCUCCGUAACCUGAUGGUGUGUCGGCCGCCAGCGGCGGGCGGCGGGCCGGGGCAUUGGGAGAUGCGCGCGCACGUGAUUGCGUUCAAGGCGCCGGAGCCGCAGCAGCUGGCAGCGGUGUUCCCGUGCAGCCUGGCGCGCGUGCCUGAGUGCAUCACAGUGGUGUUUGUGAGCCCGGCACAGACGUACCAGCAGCUGGAGGCGUUGGCGCGCCGCGUGCCCGCGCUGAUGGUGCGGGGCAAAGUCGUCGCGGCCUGGGCGCGGCACUUGGCAGCUCUGUAUCCCAGCGCGCGCCUGGACGAGGCGGCCGUGCAGGAGUGGGAGCGGCAGCCGCCAACAGCGGUAGCGGAUGCUCUCGCGCGGCGCGCCGUCUGCACGCAAACCCAAGAGGAAGCUGCAGCUAGAGGGGCGAGUACAGCAAUGCCGGCGGCCGUCAACAGCGACAGCAGCAGCGGCUCGGACAGCGAGGCCAUCAUUGUACAGCAGUCGCUUGCACGGCCGAGCCGGAAGCGGCCCAGGUUGCUGUCUGCCGCGCACAUGCAGCGGCUGCUGUGUGGGCUGGAUCGCGACGCGAGCGUGGCGGUGCGGCAGUUGCUUCUGGCCCACAACUUCAAGGCUGCUGCUACAAAGCUGCUUCGCCACCACGACGGCGCGCCAACCAAGGAGGCGGUGACGCAGAUGCAGGUGUUAACGGACCACGAACGAGCGCUCACAGCUGAGGCGAAUGCGAGUGGCAGCACGCGCCCGCUGUCACGCCCGCCAGCGGGCGCACCGCUGCCGCCAGGCAGCUUGUUCGUGGUGCACGAGCCGCAGGCACUGUCGCCUGUGCAACGGGAGCACGGUGCGCGACGGCCGCAGUCUCUUCCAGCACUGCCUGCAGAAGCCGCACAGCGUGCAGGCGCAGCAGCACCAGCAGCGGCGGCGGCAGGGGCGGAGGUGGCGGCAGCAUUCAGCAGCUGCGGCCAGAACGUGACACACAUGCAGGGCAUAGACGACGUUGACUUGUCGCCAACGCCAGCAGAUUCGCCGGCGUUGCGCGCGGUGUUUCAGGACGCAUGCGCCGACGAGCGUGCCCUGCAGCUGCUGCUGGACGGAUGGCCACUCGCGUCAUGCACGGAGCAGGCCCCGCAGUCGGACUAUCAGCCGGAGUGGCCGCUGCGCGUGCACGUGAAUCGGUUUCCUAACGGCACGGGCGCAUGCCCGACCGGCAUGCAGAUGCUCAGCUGGAUCCAGCUGCAGCUGCAGCGAUGGUACCCACCAGCGCCGGACGGCACCGAAGACUGCAGCGCCCAGGCACCACACUUCAUUCUGGACAUGUUUGACGCGUGGCAGCGGCACACGGUCAACCAGCAGGUGGCGGUGCGCUUCAAGCUGGACCCGCAGCUCAUCAUGAGCCUCGGCGACAUGGGGCCGGACACGCUGGUGGAGGCAGCGGACGUGCUUGCAGCAGGCCUAUCACGGACGGAGCAGGCCCAGCGGCUGCACGGAUCACCACCGGAAGUGGAGCAGCUCGUGCGUGGAGCGCGCAUCACGGGCGCCCAUGUGGUGGGCUCGCCUGGCUCCUAUGCAGCGCUGCGCAGCCGCGCGUACGGGCUGUGGGCUGCGUACGGCCCACCCAGCGCCACUGUGACGCUCAACCCCGCAUCGGUGCACUCAGAUGCCACGUUCACGCUGAUGGGGCGUCCGUACAUCUUCGACGUGCGGACAGGCGCGCCGCAGCAUCGGCCCAUGGCCGCGGAGCGGUGGAACCUGGUGGCCGGGCACCCGCUCGCGUGUGCCGAGUCCUUUGAGGCGUUCAUGGACGCGUUCUGCGACGUGUUCCUCGGGUGGCCAGCAGGAUCAGAUGUGCAGCAACGUAGCAACUGCCUGUUCGGGCGCGUUGACGCCUUCUUCUUCAAGUUCGAAAUGAAUCAGCGCGGAGAGCUGCACGUGCACGGCUGUAUCUGGCAGCCCGGGCUGCAGCCAGCACGCCUGCGAAAGGCGCUAGCGGACCCGCGGAGUUGUCCCGACGUGCUGGACUUCCUGGAGUCCGUGCAGACGCAGUGGUUUGCCUCACCGCUGCUGUUCAGCGGCGGCGAGCGACCGGUCCACGCUCAGAAGCUCAGCACCGAGCAGCUGCAGGAGGUGGCUGAGGCGGCUGGCAGCGAGCGCUUGACGGAGCUGCAGCGGGACGUUCUCAGGGAGGUGCUGGUGGAGCAGUUUGACUGAGGCGGAGCGGCUCGGGUUAUUUGCUGCGCACGCGGUCCUGGAGACGCUGCUGCACGCCCAUCGCGACGGCACGUGGAGCGUUCGAGCCGGUGUGACAGUACAGCUGCGGGGAGUAAGGAUACUAGAAAUGUAGCCAUACAAUGUAGCCAUACAUAUACUAGAAAUGUAGCCAUACAUAUCUAGAGCUCGCCACAAGCGAUAUGGACGCGAACCAAGCUGGCAUGGUUGACGACCGGCGAAAGAGGAGGCGGAAGCGUGCAGCUGUUGCUGUACUGUUGUUGCUAACCCUCUGCAUGCCGUUUGCAGUUUGCCACUGGCCGCGAGCCCUGAGCGCGUUGGAAGUUGACCAGUUUGACCAUUCUCGGGC